UCACGCUGUCUUCACGUCUGUUGAAGGAUAAGGAGCUAUCACGAACUAAUAUCCGUCCGUGGAGCUAGGUAACAUCUGUGGGAUGCAGUCCAAAAUUUAAAAUUUCGUGCGAGCUGGAAACUCUUUAAAAAAAUCAACAAAUACAGAACUCAUUUGUAAGAGUAUUCUUGCAUGGAAGAAAGUGGCUGAAAACUUGAGUAUGCACCCAGUUGAUAGCUUGAAUCAAACAUUGCAGAACAUGGCUACAUCCAAAGCCAUUUGGGACAAUGAUAAAGCGGAGGAGACCAUUGAUGGAGAAGCUGCGCUGUUGCAGGACAGAAAUGGUGUCAAGUCUCAGUUGCAGCUGAUGCCUAUGGUUGAUCUUGAUGCUUCUGCAGAAAACAGAUAUGCAAAAACCUCAAGCAUUGAAUGUGGAUAUUGUAGAUGGCAACCAAAAUGUUUACGUCGCUGCAACAACCCACCUUGUCUUCUUUUCUUCCUUUCAAUGUGUGCAUUAAUACUAGGUUUUGUUGUGAAUGGCGUAAACAAUGUGAACACCACAGCCAUAGAACGACGAUUCAACCUACCAAGUGCCAAAGUAGGCCUCAUCUCAAGUGCUUAUGACAUUUCAGCUGCCAUCUUAGGCAUAAUCAUCAGUUACUUUGGAGCCAGAAAGUACAAAGCUCGGAUGGUUGGCAUCAGUAUAAUUGUUGCCUCUUUGGGUUCAUUUUUAAUGGCACUACCUCAUUUCACAAUAGGACCAUACCAGCUGGGAACUUACAGCACUGUCUCUGCUUGCCUGGCGCAUGAAACAAACUCAUCUGGCUUGGCAAAUUCCGUAUCAAGAAACCUGUGCCAAAAAGAGAUGGAUGGCCACUUGUCAAACUACCUGUAUCUGAUUCUGGGCCAGCUGCUGCAUGGUGUAGGUGGCACAACUCUUUACACAGUGGGUGUGGCUCUUCUAGAUGACAGUGUUCCACCUUCUUCCACUCCUCUUGCUGCAGGUAUUCUAUACAGCAGUGCAGUCAUAGGACCAGGGCUGGGAUAUGUUGUGGGUGGACAGUUUCUGAGUCUGUAUGUUGAUUUUAACUUGGUCUCCACAAGGAUGGAGAUGGAUGAUCCUCGAUGGGUUGGAGCAUGGUGGCUGGGCUUUUUGAUUGCUGCUUGUUUAAAUUUACUUGUUGCCAUUCCUGUCUGUGGCUUUGGAGCUGAAUUGCCGUCUGCACAGAAGAUACGACAGAAUCGAAUAUCUGAAGCACAUAGCGAGAGGAAAAAGGUGAAUAUCUUAGAUUCAGACACCAAAGCCUGCUUGACGGCUUCAAGGCAGAGCCAUUCUUUUCACCAUUUUAUCAGGGUCACAUGGUCAUUGCUGCGUAACCCCUGCUUCUUCUUCAUGUCGCUCAGCAUGGUGACAGAAGGUAUAGCUUUAUCUGGAGUGGCAACAUUUAUGCCAAAAAUGAUUGAGAACAAGUUUCAAGCUUCAGCUUCUUGGGCAGCUAUUCUGUCAGGCAUUGCUGUGGUUCCUGGUGCUGCUACAGGGCAGUUUCUUGGAGGAUACAUUGCCAAAAAGAAAAAUCUUGGUAUUCCUGGUCUUAUUAAGCUGAGCAUUUUGGGCAUGGCCCUUACACUGGUGUUCUCUGCGGUGGUGUGGAAUGACUGUGAGCCAGAGGAGUAUGUAGGAAUUGCUUCCCCUUACUUCAACAGUUCUUCAAAUGUCACAGAGCUGGUGUCUGAAUGCAACAGAGGCUGUGGCUGCACAACAGAAGCAUUUAUUCCUGUCUGUGAUGAGAACAAAGCACUCUAUUUUUCCCCUUGUCAUGCUGGCUGCUCCGUGCAGACCUCAGAAUACACGUAUUCAAACUGCUCAUGCCUGGGACCUAUGGCAGGAACAAAUGCCACUGUCUCCACCAGAGGCUGCCGACAACAGUGUGCAGCCCUGUACCCUUUCAUAGCUCAGCUCUUUCUUCUCAUUUGUUUUAACAUGAUUUGCGUUGCUCCAGGCGAUGCAGUUCAGCUCAGAUGUGUACCUGAAGAGGACAAGACUUAUGCACAGGGUUUGAAACUGCUGAUUGUUCGAUCUCUGGGUACUGUAGCUGGCCCUGUUAUUAUUGGACGUCUACUUGACAACACUUGCAUUGUGUGGCGGAAAGACUGUAAGGGUUCUUCUUUAUCCUGCUGGUUGUAUAACAUUUUUGGCAUGACAUUUAGCUUGUAUGUGACAAUUGUUGUCACUAAAGUUUUUUCCAUCUUUUUCUGUUUGAUGGCACUUGCACUUUAUCGACCACCAGUUCUAGCCCAUGAACCAAUCACAGAUAAAGUUGUUGUUGUGAACAAUGUUAAUAAGAAAAAGGAAGGUUGAGGAAACUAAUAGCAAUUGUUUUGGUGGUAUUUGUGGUUGUGGUAGAAUUUUUUGCACAUGCUGAAGUGAAUUGCUUGGGGCAUAGACUCCUUAAAUCAAAAAUGAAACAAUGUAUCCAUUUAUGCUAAUCAAAUUUGUUGAAAUACUGUGCAAUAGAUUGCUUUUGAAUAUUGUUCUUGGGCUACAACGAUGACAAAAAAAUUCUGGUUUGUCAGAUUUUUUUGUGCUUCUUUGUGUUUUGUUCAGUUGGCAUUAUAUUUUAAUGCUAUUGAAAAUCUUUUUUGUGGUGAAAGAGAUACUUUUAUUGGUGGCAAAGACAUAUAAUUAUUGAUAAUCUAAUGGCUAAUUACAUUAACUGUUUCAGUUGGAAAGAACAAUAUUUUUUGACUAGAGGCACAAGCACAUGUAGCAUGGCAAAAAAGAAGCUUGAUGAACGUAAGAGUAAGAUAAUUGUGACUGUGUUUGACUUGCCAUCAAAGUUCAGCCAUAAUACCACUUGUGCUGUAGUGAAGUUUUAAGUAAAUGUUUGCUCAGUUAUUAAGGUGUAAGUUUUCAUGAUGUCAUCCCUUCUAAUUUGUGCACUAGCUAUUGUUUAUAAUAGUCUAUUGCAUCACGGGCAAAGUGUGCUUUUUUUAAACUACAGGACAUGAAGCUGCAGAUAAUGUUGUGUAAUUAUAACCUGGUGACUUGAGCAUUAUCUUCACAGCAGGUCAAAACCUGCUCAGGCCCUUUGAUCAUACAGGACUGAAGGAUUUAAAACUUCAAUUUUGGCAGAAUUACAAAUUUGUUUUUGCAUUCCAUGAAGGCCUUUACAGAUGUUAUACAUAUUGCAAGCCUACUAAAUGGCAGUUUAUUCAGAUUUGUAAAACUUUAAUUCACUGUUGUUGUCUUUUGCUAAUCUUUUAAGCAACCUGGCUAGAUUUUGCUUUAACAAACUAUUACUAUGCAUAUUCAUGUUGAUUUAGAUGAUGUGUGAGAUGUCAGUAGUAAAAGUACCAACUCCAUGGUUGAAAAUCCAAGUGAAGGAGUAUUUUUAUAUUGAUCCUGUGAUUAUGCUGGUUGUGUUCAUGAUUUUGAUAUGCUUAAAUUUUAAAGGAUUGUGUGCAAUGGGUUAUUAUUCCCUUUUUUUGCCUGUAUUUAAUCCUUUGACUGGAAUACAAUGUCAAUUGUAACUGGAUCAAAUAUAAAAGUUUAUCAAAAUACUUUUGUACAAAUACAUUACUAGAUUUAAUUAUUAUGAAUUAUCAGGUCCAUAUGGAUUUGCACACUUACAUGCUUUUUUUUUUUUUUGACAUUGUGAGAGUCUCAUAAAGCAUUGUUUGUUGGGCAUUUUAUUUGCUUUUUCUCUUUGUAGAUCUCACUUCUUUACCAUCAUUCCUUUCUAUGGCCUUAUAUUUACCUGUCUGUUGAAUAUAUGUCACUUAAAUUAUUAGACUUUGCCAUAACUGUAUUCAUCAAAAGGUAUUGUAUCAGUCUUUUCAGGGACGCAUGGGUUUCCACGGAAUUCAUCUGUUAGCUGAAUGGAAUGCUUAAAACAUGCUAAAUGGUUAACAACCUAGUGAGUGCAUUUGUAAUUGCUGGCCACAUCUUUGCCAGAAUAGGAUGUCAUACAACGAUGUUGAUAAAGAUUUAUGUUACUGGUGAUGCUGGUGCCAUUGCCUAAUGAAAGAAGACCUUUGGACAUGGCUGCAGCAUUUUCAGGGCAGAUUGUUGGCCAGUGGACCACAUAUUCAAUAGUUUGCUGUUGCUAUUCCUUCUGCUGUAAGUGCUUAAAAGUGUGAAAAUGUGUGUCUAACUGAAUGUAUUUAGUUUAAUAACUAAACAAUGAGUACCAUGAGACAAAUGACACAUAAGAAUAUCCUGUAUAUGCAUACAUAUGGACCCAUUAAAUUGUGUUGAUUCAUUAAGCUUUAAUAUGUAUUUUAUUGUAGCUACAUAUACAGGCAGAAAUAAAGUGAACAGCAUGGAUUAAA